AUGGAUGACGCCCCGCUGCCCGCGCCCCCCGUCCCCGCCCCGGCCCAGGCCCAGGCCCCGGCCCCCCGCGUGCCGUUCCACUGCAGCGAGUGCGGCAAGAGCUUCCGCUACCGCUCGGACCUCCGGCGCCACUUCGCGCGCCACACGGCGCUCAAGCCCCACGCGUGCCCGCGCUGUGGCAAGGGCUUCAAGCACAGCUUCAACCUGGCCAACCACCUGCGCUCGCACACGGGCGAGCGGCCCUACCGCUGCUCCGCCUGCCCCAAGGGCUUCCGGGACUCCACCGGCCUGCUGCACCACCAGGUCGUGCACACCGGAGAGAAGCCCUAUUGCUGCCUGGUCUGCGAACUCCGCUUCUCCUCCCGCUCCAGCCUCGGCCGCCACCUCAAGCGCCAGCACCGCGGGGUGCUCCCGGCCCCGCUGCAGCCCGGCCUCCCGGGCCCCGGCCUGCCCGCCCUGGGCGCGCCCUGCGCCGCCUGCUGCAACGUGGGGCCCUGCUCCGUGUGCGGGGGCGCGGGCGGCGGGGAGGCCGCGGACGGCGUGGGCGCGGGCGGCUGGGGCCUGGCCGAGGCGGCGGCGGCCGCGGCGGCCUCGCUGCCCCCGUUCGCGUGCGGGGCGUGCGCCCGGCGCUUCGACCACGGCCGCGAGCUGGCGGCGCACUGGGCGGCGCACACCGACGUGAAGCCCUUCAAGUGCCCGCGCUGCGAGCGCGACUUCAACGCGCCGGCGCUGCUGGAGCGGCACAAGCUCACGCACGACCUGCAGGGCCCGGGCGCGCCCCCCGCGCAGGCCUGGGCCGCGGCGGCGGGGGCUACGGGGCCCCCCGGCGAGGGGCGCGCGGAGGCCGGGGGCGCGCGGCCGGCCUGGGACGCCGGGCUGCUCCUGGGCGGCGAUCUGGGGGGACUGCACCCCGGGGAGGGCGGCGGGGAGGCCCCCGCGCCGGCGGAGCCCUCGGAGGACACCCUGUACCAGUGCGACUGCGGGACCUUCUUCGCCUCGGCCGCCGCGCUGGCCGGCCACCUGGACGCGCACUCGGGCCCGGCCACCUACGGCUGCGGCCACUGCGGGGCGCUGUACGCGGCGCUGGCGGCCCUGGAGGAGCACCGGCGGGCCAGCCACGGCGAGGGCGAGGGCGAGGGCGGCGGGGCGGCGGCGGCCGGGGCCUCCGAGGGGGACCCCGCGCCCCCCGGGGAGCCCGCGGCCGGCCCCGCGCGCAGCAGCAAGAAGAUCUUCGGCUGCUCCGAGUGCGAGAAGCUGUUCCGCUCGCCGCGCGACCUGGAGCGCCACGUGCUGGUGCACACGGGCGAGAAGCCGUUCCCGUGCCUCGAGUGCGGCAAGUUCUUCCGCCACGAGUGCUACCUCAAGCGCCACCGGCUGCUGCACGGCGCCGAGCGGCCGUUCCCCUGCCACGUGUGCGGCAAGGGCUUCAUCACGCUCAGCAACCUGUCCCGCCACCUGAAGCUGCACCGCGGCAUGGACUGA